AUGACUGCGUCUCUAAUAAAUCUACAGAAUGGAAGGCCACGAGGUGAUGAAAAUUUGAGUACUUACGCGGGGCGACUUUUCAAUUCGCUGAUGACUAACUGGAAAGAUGCGUCCAUCGAGCAAAUCGCUACUGCGACAAUAUUAUCGCAUAUUGCUCAAUUCGAUAAUCGAGUACAGCGUAUGUCAUUCACCAACGAAAUUCAGACGAGACAGCAAUUACAAAAGGAGUUACAAGCACUCUCUUUUAAACGACCAGCCGCAGUAGACAAUGCUUCGCAACGCCCGGAGAAGAUGCGAAGAACUUCAUCAUUCCAACCCAAGAUGACGAAGUGUUUCAACUGCAAUAAAUUUGGACAUCGACAGGCUGACUGCCCCGAGAAGCGGAGACAAGACCAGAAAUUCACCCCUCAGCGGUCCACAUCGGGAGCGUCAAACAGCGGGAGAUGCUUCAAAUGCGGUGAGACCGGACACUUCGCCAACCGCUGCAGGAAGAAUGAGGGCUUUGUCAAGAUGGUCAACAUCUGUGCAGUUGAUUUACCUGGAGGUACUUUUAAACAUAACGGUGAGUCGUAA